AUGCAACCAGCUGUUGUGUUGAGAUAUGCGGCAAUCGCCUGCAUAGCCACAUCAGCAUUUGCUCUGGACCCCGCAGCCUUUCAACGAGUUUUCAACGGCACAUCUCUGUCCAGCAGUCAGAUCGAUCAGUUGGCAAAAGCGUACAAUGACGGCUUGAAGAAAUCUCAAGGAAAAGAGGCUGGCGAAGCAUUCAUCGCAUCCCUUAACAUUACCGAUAAGAAAGCACUGACUGACAAGUUUCUAGACCUCCGAAAAAAGGAUCUGUUGCUGAGAAAUCUACACUCAGAAACUAUGAAGUCUAUCAAAGACGUUGUCUCUAAGGAAAUAAAAAACAAGGUGGCGGAGUGGAAGGCGAAAGCCGAAAAACUAUACAAAGGUGAUUUUAGCAAAUCACAGAUCAGCGUCGUUCGUACGCUUCUGGAGGAGGUGCCGGCGAAAAUCAAGAAAACAGUCGAGACAAAAAUCAAUGAACCGCUUCAGAAGUUCAAGUCACAGAAGUCAAUGGAGGGGCUGCUAUCUGCUAUUGCAACCUUUCAUUCUCCGAAAUAA